AUGGAUAGGGAAGAAGAAAGUAUUUGCUGCCAAGAGAUUCCAGCUUGUGUUUCUAUAAACCAAGAAGCAGCACAAAUUGAGGAGAUACCUGUCCCAGAAUGUAUUACUGAUAACCCUGCAUUUCAUUAUUUAUGUCUAAAUUAUUGGGUCUUACAGGUUGCUAAUUGGAGCGAUUAUAGACAACAUUAUGGCAUAAAGGCACAUGAAUGGCCUGAGGAUAUAUUAGGCAAAGAGAUAAGGGUCCCCUUGCCAUCUUGUGCAGUUAGUUGCAUUCGAGCACACUUUCCACCACCAGGUUUAGAAGAGGACUUUGUUUUUGAGGGUUUUAAAUUUGCAGAUGAGUAA